AUGACGGUGAUAAAUCUGCCACCGCUGCGCUUUCCAGUGUCCGAUUUCGAGGGAACUGUGGAGACCGUCAGUGUCCAGCUUACACUGCAAACUCAUCUUCAUGCAAAUAGAGGCAAGGGUAUUCCGACGAUGUUGAGCCAUCUCUGCGAUGUAGCUCGGCAAGUCAUCGCACCAAUACUGUCCGGCGAGAUACCAGUGUCCAUGGACGAAUUCUCGGAAAGGUGCUCCCAGGCCAUCCUUCAAAAUGGUCAGCUUCUAAGUGAGGGACUUUCGGCCUCAUCGGUCCAAGUUACCACUCAGUUGCAUCCCACCCCCCAGCGGAGGACUUGGCACGCAGUCGGAGCGCUACCAGAUGCAUACAUCAAAAAUGAACUCAAAAAGUUCAUUGCCCUUGGGAGUAACGUAGGCGAUCGCAUCGAGGCACUCGAGAUCGCGUGUCGAACACUGGACCAGGACGAGGAGAUUCACGUGGUCGAGACUAGCCCACUUUAUGAGACAGAGCCGAUGUAUGUGGAAGAUCAGGAUUGCUUCCUAAACGGUGUUUGCGAGAUUGUGACGAAUCUUGGCCCCCUUGAGCUCCUGGAUCGUCUGCAAGCCAUCGAAAAUGGUCUUGGCCGGCACAAAACGAUUGACAAAGGCCCCCGCAACAUCGAUCUCGACAUCCUCACGUACGGUCAGAGGACUGUGAGUACUGAGCGUCUGACAGUGCCCCACGCAUUGAUGCUUGAACGUGAAUUUGUUUUACGCCCUUUGUGCGACACAUCUGGAGGUUCCUGGCCGCAUCCAUCUACGCAUGAAUCGGCAGAAGCACAUCUCCGGCGAUUGCCGCCAUCGACAACACCGAUGUUUCCCAUCACGGCGUUGGGAGCAGGGCUGGAGCCUCUACGAUCACUUGAUCCCAAGCGUAAAACGCGAGUGAUGUCGAUCCUCAACGUCACGCCAGACUCCUUCUCAGAUGGAGGCAUGAAUCAGCCAACCGAUCUGAACCAUCUGAAAGAGACUAUACUCGCAAACCUUGCCGCGGGCGCCACAAUCAUUGACAUUGGCGGCCAGUCAUCUCGACCAAACGCGGAUGAUGUCUCCGCUGAGGAGGAGAUUUCCCGUGUUCUCCCAGCUAUAGAGCUCAUCAAAAGCCUACCCGAGGCUCAAGGCAUUGCCAUAUCGAUCGACACAUACCGCGCGAGCGUGGCGGAGGCGGCCGUCAAAGCUGGCGCCCACAUCGUGAAUGACAUCUCAGCUGGACUCCUUGACCCAGACAUGCUCCCCACCAUUGCGCGGUUGGGAUGCACAUACAUUAUGAUGCACAUGCGCGGAACACCAGCGACCAUGCAAAACGAAGAGAAUACCUCCUACCCCGACGGACUCAUUCUCUCGGUCGCAAACGAGCUUCGCGGACGCCUCAACGCCGCGCGAGAAGCCGGAAUUCGACGCUGGCGCAUCAUUCUCGACCCGGGCAUCGGCUUUGCAAAGACUCUGGAGCAGAACGUUGAGCUUCUGAAACGCUUUGCAGAGCUCCGGAACUCGGAGGGAUUGACGACGUAUCCUUGGCUGGUCGGCACCAGCCGUAAAGGGUUUAUUGGAAAGGUCACUGGAGUUAAGGAUGCCAAGGAUCGAGUCGGCGGUACUGCGGCGACUGUUACUGCUGCGGUGCAGGGCGGUGCGGAGAUUGUGCGAGUGCAUGAUGUGAAGGAGAUGGUGGAGGUGGUGAAGAUGGCGGAUGCUAUGUAUAGAGGUUGA